CGACCGUUUGGGUCGCUAGACGGUCGCCACGCCCGCGGUCCAGCGUUGGCAUCCGUCCUGCAAGCCUGCAACCCAACCUUGAACCUUGCCUGUUCUUCUUCGAUUUAUUAGCCCAGCGUUCUCCCUCUCUCGUGGGCGUGGCGACGACUUGGAGGCCAUCGCUGCCGCCCUACGCCAGGUGCCCAGAUCAUCUGCGGCCCCUUCGCCGGCGACGAUCACCAUCCAUCAGGUACGUGGUACGCCCAGCCCUUGCUCUUCCCUUCCUGCUGUGAGAAACAGGGCAUCCAAACCCUAUCUUGCUAUUUGCAUCCGGAUCUUAUCUAAAUAGCGUAUAUAUGCAUGUAUUAUAUGCCUACUAACUUGGAUUCUUUCCCAAAAUUAUCAUUUCCAUUACUGGGUCCGCCCCUGGUUGGAUCGCUGGUUUUGGGGCAACGCCUCGUCCAUAAAUAGGAUCAAGCGCUUGAACUUACAGCGAGAUGGAAAAUGAUAGAAGGCAACUUGGUCAGAUCGAUCCAAGAAGAGCCCGCUUUCCUUGCUGCAUAGUAUGGACUCCAAUACCAUUCAUCACUUGGUUGGUGCCCUUUAUCGGUCACAUUGGCAUCUGCAGAGAAGACGGUGUAAUUCUGGACUUCUCUGGUCCACAUUUUGUAUCAGUUGACAAUUUUGCAUUCGGAGCUGUUGCGCGCUACAUUCAAGUAAACUGCGAUGAGUGCUAUAAGCUUAUUGAACCUGAAGGAGAUGCCACGUGGGACGGCGCGCUGAAGAAAGGCACGCAGGAGUUCCAAAACAGGAACUACAACCUGUUCACCUGCAACUGCCACUCCUUUGUCGCAAACAAUCUGAACAGGCUGUUUUAUUCCGGCCACGACGAAUGGAAUGUGGUCAGCUUGGCUGCUGUGAUGUUCUUACGAGGCCGCUGGGUGAGCACGGCAUCGGUGGUGAAGACCUUAUUGCCAUUUGCAGUUGUGCUUUCCAUCGGUACCUUCCUUGGCGGCACGACCUUCCUGACCGGCCUUCUUGCUUUCGCCGCUGCGAUGACUGUCUGGUUCCUUGUGGGCACCUACUGCAUCAAAGGUCUCAUAGAGUUGUGAUUAGAGUAUGUUAGACUCGUUGUAGGGGGUUCAAGGGUGGCAUAUUUUUAAGAGUUCAAGCGUGGCACAUUUUUAUUUGUAUUGCAUUCCUGUAUAAUGGAUUCUUGAUGUUAUUCAUGCACCUAUAUGUUCCAAAUUCCGAAUGAAUUGAUGCACUUGUCUGUUGAUUCCCUUCA